GCAGGGUGUAGAUGCUGACGCUCGUUACUACAAUAUAAUUACUGACUAUCUACUUGGAUCGCCAACAUGAAAAGGCAAAACUUGGCUCAUAUCACUGGUGUUGUCCUCACCUCUCUUGCGCUUGUAGGCGGUGCAAGUGCCGCAGUAGAGGUAGACUUCCCGGUCACACCUAAGGCGCAGCACGCGAAUGUCGUUCAGGAUAAUUACUUGGGCAUUAGUUGGGAGUUGGCCUCAUUUGAUACUCUAUGGGGAAAGAACGCCUCCCAGCUCCCGCCAGCUAUGCAGAAUUACCUUUCCAACCUCCGUGCCCGCAUCUCUCAUCCGCUCCGCAUCCGAGUGGGCGGCAACUCCAUGGAUUCCUCAACCUACGACGCUUCCAAGAACGAUACCAUGCUCACCAUCACUGAUAGCUCAUACUACAACGAUAUGCCUGUCACGUUCGGCCCGGUACUUUGGGAUGUUCUGAAUGGAAUGUCGGAUCAGGUUGGAGAGAUGCAGUUCUUGGUGGGGCUGAGUAUGCAGCAGGCACCGGAGGAUGGUGGUGAUGCGAAUGCGUUGCUACUCGCGCAGGAGGCGGAGAAUGCAUUAGGUGGCCGGUUGGAUGCUCUUUUGCUUGGGAAUGAGCCAGACCUGUAUGCCGGUCACGGGAAGCGCGUAACGUACACACUCUCAGACUAUAUGCCAGAGAUUGAUUAUGUCGUCGCAAACCUUACGACUGGAGACUACGGCAACCUGAGAUCGUUUGGCUCUAUCGGUGGACCUACUGUCUGUUGUAAUUGGGAACUGUCGGAUGUUAUUGAAGCGGGACUCGGAGAUCUGGACUACAAAUACUAUACUUUGCAACACUAUCCCAACAAUUUCUGUUCUGGUGCCACAGCUAGUAACACAAACAUCUCCGCGUACCUCACUCACACUACUGUCCCUUCGUACACCAGCUGGAACUCCGCAGGUGUUCUCGCAGCGGCCGAAGCCAACGUACCCGUAGUAAUGACCGAAUUCAACACGUGCUCUUGCGGAGGGUCGCCUACCAUCUCGCCCACAUUUGCCGGAACUCUUUGGGCUGUGGAUGCCGGUAUGUCGUACGCUGCUACCAAUCGGACGGCGGUCUACCUUCAUACUCGCGAAUACGGCGUAACCUACAACCUCUUCGACCCUCCAUCCUCUGGUGACUCGAUGGCAUCCGGCUGGAGGACUUACUCCACUUACUAUGCCGCCUUGAUGCUCAGCGAAGUCAUCGGCAAUAACGGAAGUAUUGUCGUCGAUUUGGACAUCGAGAACUCAAGCACGAACGCCAGCAGCACGAUAGCCGCCUAUGCCGUCUACGAUUUCAACACUACCACCGAUGGGCAGGUCAACUCUGAAGUCGACGUCUCCUCGGCCAACCGCGGAAAACUUGUCCUCAUAAACUACUCCAACACCACUUCCAAGUCCUUCCACGUUCCAUCAGGUAUCUCUUCCUCCAUCGGUACACGAUCACUCCUGGCGCCACACGUCAACGAGGAGACGAAUAUAUCAUGGGCAGGACAGAUUGUUGGCGAGACUGGAGACCUGCAAGGGGACCAGGUGACGGAGUAUGUGGAUUGUGGCGGCGAUGAUGGAUGCGUGAUCGAGGUGCCAGGUCCAGGCGUUGUACUCGCGCUCUUGGAUCCCAAUGCUACGUACACGGUGUCGUUCUAUGAGGGCAACUCAACGAUCGCUGGUCUUGACACCUAUUCAUCAACUGAUGCGGAUACCUCUGGUGCGGGUAGGAUAGAGGUGGGAUUGUGGGGGUGCUUCGGAGUGGUGAUGGGUGCUUUUGGGAUGAUGCUCAUGUGAGGGCGGUGAGCGGGUGAUUUUAGGCUUGGUUUUCGUUAUAUAUUUGGCUUGGGAAGACAUUCUGGCGAUACCCCCAUUUUCAUACAUAGCAUAAUUUAUUUCAUGGUUUAGUUGUCCUCUUGCUCGAGCCCGCGUCAGCAAGU